UGCCGCAGCAAAAUACGUCAGUUUGGUUAAUUACCACCGACGGCCGAUUAAUUAACAAUUCCAGUGCCACUUCGGUUUCCUGUUUCCAUGGAGACCGAAACCGAAGUCCCCGAUGAACAUUGAAUGGACAGAAACAUGUGUCUUGUAAUUGGGGGCUCACGUGACACGCCAGGGAGGCGCCACUAUUCGUCAAUGGGACCCCAUUUGCCAUUAUUUCGAUCAAUGAUUGCUAAUUUAAUAAUUCAAAAUAUGACAUGCAGGAAAUCUAUAUAUGGAAACAAUUUUUGUUAUAUAAUUAAAACAGUCCUGAGUGAGUGUGAAAAUGAGAAUCAGAGCACAUUGGAAUCAGUUCAGGUUAACCAGUAAUGAUCACCUGAAAUGAACCGUCAUAUUAGUGUCAAAAUAAGCUAACACCACUAUGAAUGAUCGUCCACCCAGCCGAAAAAGAAAAGUCUCCAGAUCAAAGUCGCCCCAAGUUUCCCUAUCAAGAUCUUCUGGUUCAUUGGAUAGUGGAUCAGAAGAGGAAUCGGAAACGGAUUCGAGAAAAGUGGCCCGUUUAAGUCACACAAACGGUGUUUCAUCGUCAGAAUUAGCUGAAACUCAAGAAAAGUGUCCCAUAUGCUUGAAACUUUUAACUGAUCAAAUUUCGGCUAUAACUGAUACGUGCAGCUAUCACACGUUUUGUUUGACGUGCCUCGAAGAAUGGUCCAAAAUUAAAAAACUGUGUCCAGUCGAUCGAAAAGAGUAUUCUUCCAUCCUGGUUCUGGAUUCCAAGGGUCAUGUGUCCAGUGAAUUGCCCAUAAAAUCAACCGUGUCUAAUGUACUUCAUGCAGAUGCGGAACUUAUUUUAUGUAUGGCUUGCGGACUAUUCAUUGAUUCAGAAUUUACGUUGAUUUGUGAUAGUUGUGAUGCUAUUUUUCAUUCUGAUUGCGUGACUCUUUCCCCGGAAAAUUACGCCGACCAAUGGCUAUGUGACGAUUGCUGGUGCUAUUUUAACGAAUUUUGAAAAAUCAUUGUAGUUUUUUUCUAUUUAUAUUAUUUUUCUUCAUUAAACUUUUUUUAAAUUGCAUUCUUCACUGACAUCCAUUGAGCGAUAAUACUGCUGACAAGUUACAAGUUCAGUACAACAUUAUUGAAUUCGCACCAAACAAAUGGCCGAAAGUUGAGACGGGAAAAAAUUCCCUGUGACACCGUUGAAUUUCUGGUCACGUCGUCGGGGUAUAAGAACGAAAUGAAAAUUAAGAAUCAUUAUUCUUUUCAGCUUUGUCGGCCGGUUCCUUAAUACCUUGCUCCUUCUUAAAACAUUCUCCCGGCAGAAGAGGGAAAUAAAAAUGCACGAGCGACACGAUUCCAGCUCUCCUUCCCCCUUGACGGGCUUCUUUUUCUUGUUAUUUUUGGGCAUCUCGCAUCUGCGACUCG